GUUAGGAUGUGUUACAUAGUCUGUGUGGCUCCAGGAUGACCUGGUUAUCACACUGGGAUUCCUUUAACCACUGAAUGUGAAGCGAUUUUGGAGUUGUUAAACUCUAUGUACCUGACUCUCAGUUCUGCCAAUUAUUUGUUUAAAUUUGAAUUACAUAUUUAGUAUCUCUGGCCCAACCAUAUAUGUAAAAGCAGGAAUAUUUAUUGCUUGUGGUGAGGAUUAAGUUGAUAUAUGUAAAAUGCUUAAAUUGCCAGGCGCCUAGUAAACAAUUUUGAAAUACCAGUUAUUACCAAAUUUGGUAAGUGGUAUUUUUGGAAAUGAUAUGUUUUGGGAAAUGACAGAUUCUUGUUAACCCACGUGCCUUUUGCUUUUCAGUAAUCACAGCGGUCAGCUUCCCUAACGGAAAGGUAUGAAAGAAUUUUCACAUAGAAAACUAGGUUGGUUAAAGGUUUAAGGUUAUACUGCAUUUUGAGGUCAGAAACACACCCAGAAACUAUCAUUUUCGCCCUAAAUACCUCCAGUGAAUUCCUUGUAAUGAAAGAAAACACUUAUCUUAAAGGCUUCUGAUUUCAGAGGGAAGCACUUUUUCGUUUUUUUCACCGAUUGUAAAUAAGGUGUAACAAUGUGUUAAGGAACCAGGAAUGCAGCAACCAGAGUCCCACAGAAGCCUCCUGCGCAGGCGCAGCUGGCUCUCCCCGUCUCCGACUGGCGCGUGACAGCCGUGCGGUUUACCCUACUUCCAAAGUGGUUUCAUUGCGCACGCGCGAACCCACUGCGCGUGCCCGCGCGCCCCUCCCCUGGAGAGCGUGCGCGUGCGCGCGACUCACCUUUCGGCCUGGGGCGCGCGCCCUGGAAAAUUCCACUCCCCAGCUCGCUCCGCCCUCUGCGCCUUUUCUCCGGCUCGGUGAUCUGCGGCUAGGCUAGCAUCCCGGCGGCCUUUGCGCGAGCAAAAUGGCGGCCCCCGUACCUCGGGGCUUGUCCUCCUUAUACAGGACUUUGGGAUGGUGGUCUCGGCAGCCCAUUCUGGUGACUCAGUCCACAACUGUAGUUCAAGUUAAAACCAAAAGCCGUUUUAGACCCCCAACUCCUGAACCCAAGUACAAAACAGAGAAGGAGUUUUUGGAGUAUGCCAGGAAAGCGGGAUUGGUCAUUCCACAGGAACGGUUGGAGCGCCCUAUACAUUUGGCCUGUACAGCUGGUAUAUUUGAUCCCUAUGUUCCACCAGAGGGUGAUGCUCGAAUGUCAUCUCUUUCAAAGGAAGGAUUGACGCAGAGAACUGAGCGAUUGAGAAAGAAUGCGGCAUCACAGCUGGCAAUCCGAAAGAUAAGAGAAUUUGAUGCAAAUUUUAAAACAAAAGACUUCCCUGAAAAAGCUAAGGAUAUUUUCAUUGAAGCUCACCUUUGUCUAAACAACUCAGACCAUGACCGGCUUCAUACCUUGGUAACCGAACACUGUUUUCCGUGCUUGAAAGACGAAAUCAGUGGUUCUACUGGCUACAGACUGAGACCCUGUCUCCACCCCAUUCCCACCCUAAAAUGGGGAGAAAGAAUGGAGGCACUUCCUGUUGGUUGCAGCAUUGUCUGGGCAGUGCCUCACAGGAGGGGAACCCCAGUGAACUCUUCUCUUCUCCCUCAGGACAUGGUCUGGGACCUCAAGUACAAGACUGUACGCUGGGGCUUUGUGGAAUCUCUAGAGCCAGCCCAAGUGGUUCAUGUCCGUUGCUCAGGCCUGGUGAACCAGAGCAACAUGUAUGGCCAGGUCACUGUGCGCCUACACACUCGGCAGACUUUGGCCAUUUAUGAUCGGUUUGGCAGAUUGAUGUAUGGACAGGAAGAUGUGCCCAAGGAUGUCCUGGAAUAUGUGGUGUUUGAAAGACACUUGAUGAACCCGUAUGGGAGCUGGAGAAUGCAUGCCAAGAUUGUGCCCGCGUGGGCACCCCCUAAGCAGCCCAUCCUCAAGACCUUGAUGAUUCCUGGUCCUCAGCUGAAACCCUGGGAGGAGUACGAAGAGACUCAAGGGGAGGCCCAGAAGCCUCAGCUAGCCUGAUGGCGUUAAUGACUCCUGAGGAGCCUAGCAGUUGUGGUGAACAUCUUUAAUCCCAGCACUCAGAAGGCAGAGGCAGGUGGAUUUCUGUGAGUUCAAGGCCAGUCUGGUCUACAGAGCAAGUUGCAGGACAACCAGAGCUACACAGAGAAACCCUGUCUCAGGAAAAAAAAACAAAAAGAAAAAAGACAAAAAGACUCCUGAGGUGUUCCGAUGGGGCUGCAAAGUCACCUGUACCCACCUGUACCCCGAAGGCUUCCCGUGCUGUCUCCUGUCCUGCCUGGGUCAGCAGUCCCCCAAGCCCCUCACAGUCAUGGCUGAUUGUGUGGCCAGGUGGUGGCUGGGGUGCCCCGCCUUGGAGCAUCUUCUGUUUACAGCCAUGUUCAGCUUCUGAGGUGAAAUGAGAAGCAGCAGCAGAGAGAACAAACGCGACACUGGGCUUUUCCCAGCAGCAGCAAGCUGUGGCAUCAGACCCACAGCUUUCUUUUUUCUAAUUAUAGGCCGAGUCAGCAUUUGGAAUAAAAUACUGUCAAAGAGUUGGAUAAA